UAAAGAGUUAAUACUAGAUAGGAGUAAUUCAUUUAUACAUAUCCUAAAUCCUAAUUCAGGUGACGACAAUAAUUAAUUCGAGAAUCAGCUACGUUGUAUUCCGCUUCAACCCGGUUUAUAAUAUUAGCCAAACACCCUCUUAAACCCUCAAAACCUUAACACAAAAGGCGCACAGUUCUGGUAAUAGCAGGAACAACCUGAAAAGCUAUCCAUUCGAAGCAGGAACUGCAGGUAACUAUGGCUUCAAACGCCUCAAUUCUCACCCGCGGUUCUCUUUUAUCGUUACGGUUCGUGGAUUUCCCCCUAAAAUCCACUUCACAACUCCGCGCUCAGACCCGAAGUCGAUUUGGAAGGUCCUCUUCUGCGAUUUCUUCUUCUGGCAAAUACUGUGGGACCCAACUCGGUUCCUCUACUCAUGGGCUGAAAAGCUUGCAUCUUUCUGAUAUUGGGCCUAGACUGUUCGAUUCUUGUAAGAAUUUUCAGAUGUCCGCGGUUUCAGGCGGUGGAGGUAGUGGUUAUGGAGGCUCUGGUGAUGGAAAAUCCGGUGGUGGUGACGGUGGCAGUGACAGUGGCGCUGGCGGUGGUGGUGGGAGUAACUGGUCAUUACUUGCCUGGUACUUAUCUCUUCUUGAGAAGUAUCCAGUAUGGACAAAAGCAGUUACAUCUGCACUGUUGACACUUUCUGGAGAUCUAAUCUGUCAGCUGUGGAUUGACCAAGUAGCAUCUGUGGAUGUAAAGAGGACGUUUAUAUUCACAUUAUUGGGGCUGGUCUUGGUGGGUCCAUCUUUGCACUUUUGGUACCUCUACUUGAGUAGAUUGGUCACAACUCCAGGGGCCUCUGGUGCUGUCAUGCGCCUUGUACUAGAUCAGUUCCUUUUUGCUCCAAUUUUUGUUGGGGUUUUCUUAUCCUCUUUGGUAACACUUGAGGGAAGGUCAUCACAAGUGAUUCCAAAGCUUCAACAGGAGUGGUUCUCAUCUGUCCUUGCAAAUUGGCAACUCUGGAUACCUUUCCAAUUUAUCAACUUCCGGUUUGUACCUCAGCAAUUUCAGGUCCUUGCUGCUAACUUCAUCGCUUUAGUGUGGAAUGUCAUACUGUCAUAUAAAGCCCACAAAGAAGUUAUUGUGAAAUAGGUAUACAUAGGAAUGGAUAAUUAUUUGCUUAUCGGAGAAAAAGUAAACAAAAAAACUGUUUGUUAGAAGUAUCAGAAGAAGUAAAUUAUAUUUGUCAGAUAUACGUAUUGCCUGAGAUUUGAACACGCGGUAUGGUUGGUUGGUUAGUCAAUGUGAUUUGAUACGCGGGUUUAUAACAGAAGAAACACCCGAGGUGCUUCCCCUCCCUGGAGAAGAAUGUUGUGCAAUUGUUAUAUGCCCCGCGGCCUUCUCCAA